AUGUUGCUUCUCUUGAAAGUGUUUGCCCGUGGUGAUCGAUCUGUACUGGGAGAUUUGGUGGAUGUGGCUGCCGCGUUGAAUAAUCUAGCCGUGUUAUAUGCAAAAGCCGCUCGGUUCAAGGAUGCCGAACCGUUGUGUCGUCGAGCCCUGGCCAUUCGCGAAAAGGUACGCUUGCCAACGUGUCUCAGCAUUGUUUCUGUUUAUGUGUGUCUACAUGUGUAUAUUCUAUGA